AUGGAUAUCAGGUACUUGUCCCCUCACUCACCAACCUCGCGCUCCCACAGCACAUCUCUCACUCACUCCAUGAGGACAGCGUGUCGGUCAGUUCAAUCACCCACGCCGACUGCUCACGAUCAUGCGAACAGCACCUCUGUUCGCACAAACUCUACUUAUCAGAUACAAAAGGAAGAACUCCAUGCGUACGAAUGCCACCUCUGUUCAUGCAAAUGCUACUCACCUAUACUGCAGACAGAAUUCCGUUCGUACUUACGCCGGCUCCUGAACACAGCACGAACAGAA